CUGAACUUCAGAAGUCAGUCAAAACUCUGAGAGGCACUGAGGCUGUCUGAGCGCAAUAUACCAAAUUGAAAAUAUACUAUAAAGGGACAGGGUGCAUAUUCAAUUGACUAUAGUGUACUAACCUGAAGUGUACUCGUUGGAGAAGUGUAUGAAUAUUCAUGUAUGAUUACUAUUCUAGCCAUAUCGGGGAGUGAUCGUUCUAGAAAAUUGGAAGAGCACUUCGCCAAAUUUCCACUACCAGAAGAUAAGCUGAAUUUGCAUUAAUCAUGUUCAAAGCUACAAAAGGCAAAAUGGUUGACUUUAAAAAUGUACAGCACAUGUCACAGUUGAUGGGGGACUUUAAUAUACAUUUGAACGAGCAGGUACCUACGCUGUUCACAGGGGACCUCCUUUCAGGGCAUCUCGGUUUGAAUCUCAAAUACACAUUCGACUAUGUGAGUCUGACCUGUUGGCUCAGGUGUGUUGCAGUGUACGGAGGUAGCGAACACGAGGUUUCAACUAUGCAACAAACGGUGAUAGACGAACCUGGUACCUUCUUAGCUGGCAAGUAUUCCGUGCCAUUCGAUCUUGUGGUUCCGGAAGGACCUCCCUCACUGUCCCUAGGGGAGGGUGGUGGGGAAGCCAUUGAGGUUAUCUGGAAGCUCUGUUUCACAGUCGCAAAGUUCACUGAUACAUCGACGGAUAUGGAGGAUACAGUGAAUGUGGUAGUAAAAGAAAUGGAAUGCAGGAUAGGUGUUAAAGCCGAUGAGAUAGAGGAUAAUGUUCAAACACAAGAAGACGCACUCGAAAUUGGGGGCAAAAGAAUUAAAAUGAGGUUGACAUGCCAACGUCAAGUGACACAGAAAAUGCAGGAUGAGACUGUGAAUGUAAAGGUGGACGUACACAACGAUACUGGCAAGAAGAUUGAUGCCGUAAAGAUGGUGUGCACACAAUGCGUCACUAUGAGAACCGGCGCUUUACAAAUGAAAAAAUCCAGGGGCAGUACACCUACACAAACCCCACCGCUGUCGCCCAUGUACUCCGGUAGUAUGGCAGGAAUCCCAAAGGUAAACACAACUCAAACUACCGAAGACGCUUCAGUUAAUCCAGCUGUCGCUGCAGCAUUGGCCUUCACGAGUUCAACAGGAGAACAAGCAGGUGCUCCGACCUGUGCAAUCCCGCCUACUUUCUCUCCCAGGGCAAGGAGAAGUAUGUUGUCGCCUCGUAACAGCAUUGCACGACUCUCCAGCUUUCUCGGGGAUGACAAUAAGUCCCCAACCGUGUCAUACACGACACAAUUUCAGAAGAGCAAACGUAUUUUGAAUAGCAGGGCAAGCGAGAUCAACUGCGUCAUGACAGUGCAUCCGACCGCCGAUGAUAUCCGGAAAAAGCACAUCGCCACAUCCCGCCUCAGCGUGCAGAUGGGUAAUGUGCGUUUGUCCCCAACGUCCACCCCAACCCGGGCAAGCCCGUUGCACAGUCCCAGACACAGCAUGGGCAAUAUACCGAACUCAGGCAAUACACAAAGCUCAGGCAAUGCCUCCCCAACUGGUACACCAAUGCCUGAUCAUGCGCUUCAUCAAACGCUCGCGCCGAUGAUGGUAAACAUGUGCCCGUCCUUCUCUUUCGAAUCAGAAGCUUUACAGCUUUCGGUCCAAUACUUCCUUGAGGGCAAGAUCAGUGUGAGCGAUACAUUCUCCACCAAAUCACUCCACGUUAAGGUUCCUUUGAUAUUGAGGACCUCGGCGCGACGCAGUGCGGACUCAUCACCAAGUACUUCUCCAGCACCAAAGUACUCCCCAACUGCAAGGAAAGCAAUAGGCUCACCAGCUACAAGGAGAGCAAUGGUCUCCCCAACUGCAAGGAGACCAAUGGGCUCUACAGCAACAAGAUUAUAAUAGUUGCAAUAAACCGUAUACAUGAAACAAUCGC